AUGGCUGUUCAAGCUCAAUACCCCUCCAAUGCACUCUUUCUAAACACCAGCAAAAGCGGAAAAGAACCACAUGACUAUUUGCCAGGAGAACUCCUUGAUCAUGAUCAAUCUCAUAUGUUAUUCAACAACGGAGGUGCUAAUUCUCGGAAGAGAGGAAGAGAAGCAACAACAGCAAAGGCCACUGCGCCAAACCUUGUCAAUUCAUUCUCCCUGCGAUCGCAAUCUCCACAGCUCAUUGACCUCACUCAACUUCAUAAUAAAAAUGUAGUCUCCACCGGGUUAGGCUUAUCCUUUGGUGACCAACAGCAAAGACAACAAUUGCAUCAACAACAGCAACAACAACAUGGGUGUCACUCCUCUUCCUUCCCAUCUCUAUUAUCCGAUGGUUUGUCCUCGCAAAUCAAACAACAGCGUGGCGAAAUUGACCAAUUCCUUCAAGCUCAGGGCGAGCAGUUGCGACGGGCAUUAGCGGAGAAGAGGGAGAGACAUUAUCGGACGCUGCUAAGGGCAGCGGAGGAAUCGGUGUUGCGGCGACUGAGGGAGAAGGAAGUGGAGGUGGAGAAAGCGACGCGGCGCAUGGCGGAGUUGGAGGCACGUGCGGCGCAGCUUAGCGUGGAGGCGCAGCUUUGGCAGGCAAAGGCGAAGGCGCAGGAAGCGACGGCGGCAUCGCUGCAGGCGCAGCUGCAGCAGGCCAUGAUGAGCGGCGAGGACGGCGGGGGAGGGCUGUCGUGCGCCGGUGGAGAGGCGGAGGAUGCUGAGUCAGCAUAUGUUGACCCGGAGCGCGUGGGUCCGAAAUGCAGAGGGUGCGCGAAACGGGUGGCUUCGGUGGUGGUUUUGCCGUGUCGCCACCUAUGCAUCUGCGCUCAAUGCGACACACAUUUUCGGGCCUGUCCCGUUUGCCUCACAGUUAAAAAUUCAACCGUUCAAGUCUAUCUAUCUUAA